UGUUGGGGGCGGAGUAAUGACAUCACAAGUCACAUCAAGCAAACCUCGUGAGUGGUUCGUGAGCUGCUGGAAAGGGAAUUGGAGGCUGGCAAUGGUGGAUUAGAGGGAUGGAGGUGGGAUCGGUGGUCCGAGCGAUAUUUGAUUUCUGCCCCAGUGUUUCUGAGGAACUAACACUGUUUGCUGGGGAUGUCAUUGAAGUUCUAACUGUAAUAGAUGAGUUCUGGCUUCUGGGCACCAAAGAAGGAAUCACUGGCCAGUUUCCCGUGAGCUUUGUAGAAGAACUGUCCAUCCCGAGUCUCAAGCAUGGAGAGAAGCUCUAUGUCUGCACCAGUGAAUUUACCUCCCAUGAACCAGGAGCGCUGUGCUUGCAAAGAGGCGAUCUACUGGUUCUGGAGGGAACAUUGACAUCCAGUUGGUUACAAGGACGCAGUUGUUGGGGGUCCAAAGGAUUUUUCCCAUUAUCAUGUGUACAGGAAUUCUGUCUGUCAUCCAGGAGCCGCCAGCUUUGUCAGAACUCUAAUCUUGAGCUCCCAAGUUAUGCUAUAGGCCAGGCAAGAGCCAUUUUGGGACUUUCUGCUCAGCUGGAAGAGGAGCUGGAUUUUAGAGAAGGAGAUAUUAUUACAAUCACUGGAGUGCCAGAGUCUGGAUGGUUUGAGGGUGAAUUGAAUGGGCGAAGAGGAAUCUUUCCAGAAGGCUUUGUAGAAUUGCUGAACCCUUUGAGGGUUUCUGAUGUUAGAAUUAUACAUAGUACCUAUGAUGACUUUAAACAUGACAAGCUAGCAGAAGUAGCCCAGUUCCCUGUACGUGGAAAAUGCAACAAGGAAAACCACCGGGAGACUGAAGAUCAAGAUGGCACUUUUGCAGUUGCUCUCUAUAAAUUUGAGGCUAUGGAACAGAGAGAGCUUGACUUUGAAGUAGGUGAUAGGAUUAGAAUAAUUAAGACAUUAGAAGAUGGCUGGCUUGAAGGGGAGUUGUAUGGAAAGAGGGGUAUUUUUCCUCACAGAUUUGUCAAAUUGGAGAGCCCAGAAAAAAACUCAUUUUACAAGACACCAGAAGGAACCAAAAACAGCAACACCUCACGUGAUCUUGACUUCUCUUUUACAGACAACCACAGUGGUUCUGAUCCCCAUUACUGGGAUGUUCACAUGGAAGAUACCUCAAGUGUCUCAACUGCUGAAUCUCAGGUUCAAAUAGCAGAUAAUGACAUUUCUGUAAAUGAAUAUGAAACUAUACGUAGCAAAUCUCCUAAGCCACAGCUACCUCCUCGUCCGCAGAGUAAGGUAUAUAGCAGCCCUGCAAAUCUUGUUCAAGAUGCUAACAAAGGUAAAUUAAUUACUGCACAGUUGCCUAACAGUGGACAGGGAUCUAAUGGUUCACAUGAGAAGUGGUCUUCCAAAAGGACUGUCUCUUUAAUCUCACCCGAUGAGGCAGUGCAUUCUCAAAAGAGUUCAGAUGAGGUCAAGAACAGAAAUAACAGAAAAAGUAGCCUUCAGUACCAGGAUAUAGCGCUUUGGGUAGAGGAUCAGCGCCACAAAUCUAAGAUGCAAUCUAACUCCAAAAAUAAGCAGGAAGGUCCUUCUACAUAUUCAUGGUCUUCACAUGCAGAGAGGCCACAAAGUGGAACACGUAGUGUAAACAGUGGAAGUGAAUUAAUUGACCUAGACUCUAAAUUAUCUGAGCAACUUUCUCAGUUUGAAAAAAGCCUAUCCAGCCCUACAGCAAAUGGCAACAAGCAUGUGUCAAGGCAUUUUUCAAUACUGGAUUAUAGUUCUGAAACAGACAUUAUUAGAGGCUCAUCUCAGCUCUCCAAAAUCCAAAAAUCACCAGAAAAAAGAAAAAUAUUAAGACCCCCACCCCCUCGGCCAACCCUUAGAUAUAAUUCAGUUUCAAAUCCAUCAGUUAGAGGUAGGCCACAAAAAAGUGCAGAUACACAGAGCACAUAUCCUCCUUUCCCACUCAAACCAUCCAGGCCAGCUCCACUGCCUCCACCAGGCAACCAAAGAAAUACACCAUCUCCUAAACCAUUACCACGAGUGAGCCAACAAUCUGAGAACUUAACUGCACCAGAAAACCAUGACACUUCUUUGGAAGAGCAAUGUGACAAAGCCCGUGCCUCACCAUGCCCAUUCCUGCAACUGAAGAUUGACGAUGUGGAAAGAGAGUUGGAUGUGUACAGAAAGACUCGUGAAGAGUUGGCCUUAAUGCUUGAAGAAGAGCAGGAUGAACUUGUGAGGACAGAAACACUUGAAAACUUGGAAUUUUGUGACUCAAACAUAGAAGGUCUACAAGCAGAACUUCAGCACCUUAAAGACAUGACCUUGCUUUCGUCUCAGCCAGAAGGUGCAGAACAGACUCUAUCCACUGGAUCUACCACAGAGAACUCAGAACAGAGAAUGCUGGAGAAGAGAUCCAAGGUGAUUGAGGAGCUGUUACAGACGGAGCAAGAUUACCUGAGGGACCUGGAGACAUGUGUGGAGCACAUCAUGGGACCCUUACAGGCAAAGCAGAUGGCCAGUGUGGAUUUUGAUGUUCUCUUUGGAAACAUCCAAAGUGUGAUUGACAUUUCUAAGAAAUUCCUAACAGCUCUUGGAAGUUCUGACUCUGUUGGGACAGUUUUCCUUGACCAUGCCUCCGACCUAGAGAACGUCUACAAAGAGUAUUGCCAGAAUCAUGAAGAGACUAUUGCACUGCUGGAAGCUUAUGACAAAGAUGAGAAAUUCCAGAAGAACUUGUUGGAAUGCAUGGAGACUGUCAAGAAUCUUUACCAAGAAUGGGGCCGAACAAACUACAUUAACCUGGGAUCCUUCCUCAUCAAACCAGUGCAGAGGAUUAUGCGUUACCCUCUGCUCCUCAUGGAGCUUCUUGGCGCAACCCCUGAUUCCCACCCUGACAAAGCCCCUUUGAGAGAAGCAGUGCAGUCAGUGAAGGAUAUCAAUGGCAAUAUCAAUGAGUACAAGCGCAGGAAGGACUUGGUUCUAAAAUACCGCAAAGGUGAUGAGAAUAGUUUGAUUGACAAAAUCUCCAAGCUUAAUAUUCACUCAAUCAUUAAGAAGUCCAAUCGGGUCAGCAGUCAUAUCAAACAACUCACAGGAUUUGCACCGCAGAUCAAGGAUGAAGCAUUUGAGGAGACUGAGAAAAACUUCAGAAUGCAGGAACGGCUAAUCAAAAGCUUCAUUCGGGAUCUCUCUGUGUAUCUGCAGCAUGUCAGGGAAUCUGCCUGUGUGAAAGUGCUGGCCGCUAUGAGUAUGUGGGAUCUGUAUUCAGACAAAGGAACCAGUGAUCUGGAGAAGUUCCACAAAGCCCAUCGUUAUAUCAGCGAGAAGCUUUUCACUGAUUUUAAACAAAGAACAGAAAAGUUGGUCAUUUCACCCCUGAAUCAGCUUCUUAAUAUGUUUGCCGGGCCACAUAAACUGGUACAGAAGCGCUUUGACAAACUGCUGGACUUUCACAAUUGCACUGAGCGAGCAGAGAAGCUGAAGGACAAGAAGACGCAGGAAGAGCUCCAGUCUGCCAGGAAUAACUAUGAAGCGCUAAACGCUCAGCUCCUGGAUGAGCUGCCGAAAUUCCACAACUUUGCCAAGGAACUUUUUGCCAGUUGCAUGCGGGGCUAUGCCAGUGCACACUGUGAGUUUGUGAAGCUGGCUUUGGAGGAGCUGAAACCACUAUUAACGCUGCUGGGAGUUGGAGCCACAGAAGGGAACCUGAUUGCUGUUUUCCAGGAGGAGCACAGCAAGGUCCUGCAGCAACUUCAGGUCUUUACCUUUUUCCCAGAAAACCUUCCACCUUCCAAGAAACCUUUCGAGCGAAAGACCAUUGAGCGGCAGUCAGCAAGAAAAACCAUCCCAAGCCCGGCUAAGUACAUCCCACAGCUAGAUGAACACCGGGUUGCAGUUCUGGCCAGGUACCCACCCGAGAAACUCUUCCAAGCAGAUCGGAUCUAUAAUGCUGCUCAGGAUUUGGAUGUUUCUUUACAGGAAGGGGAUCUUGUUGGGGUCAUUAAACAGCAAGAUCCAAUGGGUAGUCAGAACCGCUGGCUCAUUGACAAUGGGGUCACCAAAGGUUUUGUCUACUGCUCAUUCCUGAAGCCCUACAACCCUCGGCAGAGUCAUUCUGAUGCGUCUGUUGGGAGCCAGUCUUCUACAGAAUCGGGGUACGGAGGUUCCUCACCCAACUUUUCAAGGCAGAAUAGCAACAACACCCUGACAUUUAACCCAGGCAAUUCAACAGUGGCCUUCACCGCAGGAUCCAUUGCAAAACACAGCAUGGAUUCCACAUCCACGAGCAGUGGUCAGGAGGACUCUCCAGUCUGUCUGCCUGAUGGAAAUCUCUCCAAAAAGUCAAGUGAAACAGAGGUGCCCAGACACCCACGGACCAGUGAGAAGGUGGCAAAAACUAGUACAGACCCUGAAUCAAAUAAUCACAGGAGGCAGACAGAAAAUGAAAAUAGCGUUGGAGACAAAGAACAGACGUUUGAAAGCCGUAAAGCAAUUAGAAAGAAAACCGCUUCCCCUGCUCAUAGCGACUGUGAACAAGAUGUGUGUGAACUAGAAGGGAACCAAGUGUAUUAUGCAGUAUAUACAUUUAAAUCCCGCUCUCCAAAUGAACUUUCAGUGUCAGCCAAUCAAAGAGUUAAUAUCCUGGAGUUCAGAGACAUGAAUGGCAAUGGAGAGUGGUGGUUGGCAGAAGUGGAAGGAAGGCGGGGCUACGUGCCAUCCAACUACAUCCGUAAAACAGAAUAUACGUGAAAUGGACCUUCUUGAUGAGCCUGGGAACAGUAGAAACAUUACAGAAUUCAGUGCCUUUUCUGGAUCAAUUCCCGUUGGGUUCUUUUUUUUGCUGCUGAAAUCACUUGAACAAUAUGUACAGCUGAUGAGACUUUAAUCUAAGGGACUUCACGUCCGCUCGUGCGUAGAGCAUUUUAAGGAGAAGCGAUGCAGUUUUUGCUUAACUUGAACCUGCAGAAUAGAUCUUAUGAGCAGACAUGAGAAUUCCUACAUUUGCUAUAAGGUGCCGUGGAGUCCACUUUGGUUUGAUCUGUUUUAUUCAUUGCAGUAUAGGGAAUUCUGCUGUAUGUGUGGCUUCAGUGCAGUGCCGGCGAGGAACCACAAAGAACAAAUAUCCGCUUACAGUGACAUAAUGUGAAUGGUUUGGGGUGCUCAUUAUGAUUAUUUAAUCCAGUUACUCACUAAGCAUUCCUUCGGUUCCACUAUGAGAGAACCUUGUAGGAUAUGUGUGUCUGGUUGUUUAACACAAUGGUUUUCCUAGCCUUGUGUGCCACCAUUAUCAUCUGUUUCAUUGUGUCCUUCUCCAUUAAUGUGUGCAGCUAACCAGGUAUCCACACGUGCGUCAAAUUUGUCAGGCUGCAUUGUUUUUGCAUCAGGAGAUCGUUUUCCAUGGGGCACAACAUUUAGUUACAGGGAGCCACAAUAACAUCCACGGAAAUGCUAAAUUUAUUUUUGUAUGUAACCAGUAAAUCUGCAUCUACCCCAUUGUUCUUUCAUUCUCAUACCUGCUGUGCCUGCUGUGCAUCAUGGGAAGGCAGGGUGCAAUACGCUUUCAGGCCCACCUGAAAAUGCCCAAAAGCAGGACCUCUGUAAUCUCAAACUCCAUUUGCAGUUUAUUUAUCCAUAAAGGCCACAGACACAUUCUACAAUGAGGCAGCAUCUAGUGUCUAACCAUUGUUCUACUAUAUAUAUAUAUAUAUAAUAUUCUGUAAUGAGGUUUAAAGUUUAAGGCAUAAGAAACACACCAUUUGUAAGAUUCUACCACCAUAUUGUUAACAUUCUCUCUACCCUGCAAUAAGCCAAGCAGUAUUAUCUACAUAAACUACAUUUCAAACGUACUGAAACAGUAGGGGAACCAGACCUUUGGUGUUUAUGUUGCCUUGAAUUCAACAGAUGUUGAGCCGAUUGAGGGACUGUCUCUAAGCUGUCGGACUCUUGGCACAAAGCACUUAAUCGCAAAGCAGAACAGAUUUCUGUGUAAAUGAAUCUUGCAAGCUUCCAGGGUGAGUGGAGCCAGGCAAGAGACAUGUACAUAAAUAUAUAAAUUCCUAUGAAAUAACACAUUUUAUACUGUGUGUAUCAUACAAGCAUCAAGUGGAGCAGGGAGAUCAAAACUGUGGCCCUGUAGUCACCAAUAGAGUUGACCAAGGCUGGAGGACCGCAGACAAGGAAAAGGAAUAACUACUGAUGCAUCUGGGCAGCCUUCUCUUUGUAAAUUCCAUUGAAAUGUAUUAUAUUUUUUUAGGCAUACAUGCAUUUUUACAAUGUAGCAUUUGCACAUUUUAAAUAGGCACCUUUUUAGAAAAUGAAAGUACUUUUUGACUUAUUCUUUUCCUUUUAGAACAAAGCUGUAUGAUAUGGUUGUGUAUUUUUCUAUAUUGAGUAUUUUUUUUCAUUGCUAAAAUGGGGAGGCUGUGUUUCAGCAAAGAAAGACAAGUCCUUUAUUCUGUGCGGUGAUACACAGCAGCAAUAAACCUCUAGUUCUGUUA